CGUUUUGGUGUGUGUUGGUGCAGGGUGUGGACCUUUAAAUCCUUUAAAUUCACAUUAUAUUUUGAUGUUUGGCCAGCUGAGAAAUCUUCCUUUUAACCCGCCGUCGUAAAGAUCUCCAAGAAAUUUCUCUGCCCCUUUCCAUUAUACUUCAGGAAUGGUGUAGUGUACGUACAGUAAUGGGUACAGCUGCAGGCGGUGGGAUGGGUGUUGGAGCAGCCAGCACAUCCAUCUCAAGGCGACAAAUGAGGUUUCUCCUGGCUGUGGUGGUUGUAUUGGUAUUUGGAACCAUGCUUACAGCCCUCAAUGUGUAUGAACUACAUAGCCUGACCCGCGAACACUGGAGUAGAGAACACGUCCAUGGUGAAGCAGUGGCAGAGGCACGAGGGGCAAGUCACUAUGCGCGGCCUGUUGCCUGGGUCCGUGGCUCAAACAAGGGCACAGGUUAUCUGACACAUGUUACCAAUGUUUUACACCGGCUGGGCUAUGACCUGGCAGAGGAUGGAGAAGACUGGAAUGUUUUAUGGUCACAUAAUUAUCCCUUCAGGGAACUCAAGCAGAUGAUGACUCAUCUCAAGCCUCACCAAAGAGUUAACCACUUCCCUGGCUCAGGCUUCAUAACUAAUAAAGUCAAUCUUGCUGUUUCUGGACUGCCCUUCAUUCCCAGAGCCUUUAGGAUGCCAGCAGAAAAAUCUAAUCUACUUGAAUAUGCCAAACAGAACCCAGAUAUGAUGUUUGUGCAAAAGUCCAACAACCAUCGUGGGAUUAAAAUUGAGAAGCUGGAUGCCUUAGACUUAGGAGCUGAGGGAUCUUUUGUUCAAGAAUUUGUCCACAACCCAAUCCUUGUUGAUGGGUACAAAUUUGACAUUGGCGUGUACACCAUAAUUACAUCAAUACAGCCACUCAGGGUCUACAUCUAUGAGGGAGAUGUACUCUUUAGGUUUUGUCCUGAAAAGUAUCAUCCAUUUGACCCGGAGGUUCGUGAUAAGUAUGUGGUUGGUGAUGACUACUUGCCAACGUGGAAAGUUCCAUCAUUACAACAGUACUACAAAGAUUAUGGUUUUGGCAUGAAGCGAUCAUUUGAUGCAUGGCUCAGAGCUCAAGAUAAGGACCCUGAGGUAAUAUGGGACUCUGUGCGAGAUGCCAUUCGCAAUGUGUUUUAUGGUAAAGAGACAGCACUGAUACAGGCCACAUCUCACUACCCCGACUCAUCCAAUUUUUUUGAGAUGAUGCGAUUUGACUUUGUCAUUGAUGACCAGCUCAAGGUUCACUUAAUGGAGGCAAAUAUGUCUCCCAACCUGUCAUCAGCUCACUUCAAGGAAAACCGUCUCCUGUAUGAACAAGUGGUAUACAAUCUGCUUUGUCUGGUUGGUGUGGGUCGCGCUAUACACUCCAGCAGCCUGGCUUCACGUUCAACCGAUGAGUAUGAAAUGCAGGUUGCCCACAAGGACUUGGUAGUAUUUCCUGACCACUGUGCCACAAAUUGUCGUAAUGGUGGUAAUGACUGUAACAAAGUUGAGUGUCAGCUAUGUCUGCCAUGCCUCUCAAAAGAACAACUGGCUUACUUUUCUCGUGCUUACCUAGAGCACCAGCAAAGAGGGGCCUGCCGUCGUGUUGUGCCUCAGCCAAUUGAUCCAGAUCAUGCUCAUGAUGCUGCUAAUAUGAGUGGUCUUACUGCAGAAAAUACUCUAAUGAUGGAAUGGUUCCGGGGACAGUGCCUUUAUGAUAGAACAUUUUGCUCAUAGUUGCUAGAUAUAAAAAAUCACAAUACAGUUGUCACAACAUGUACAAAAGUUAAAGUGUACUGUAUACUUAAGGCAGCUGUUUGAAAAUGGGUAAUUUUGUUGGCAGUGACUUCUGUAAGUGUUACUUUUUUUAUUUAAGAGUGAUGACUUGCCUUGACAAUCAAGGCUUGCAGAUGUUUAUUGUGGAGCAUAUACUGUAGUUGAGGUACUGUGAGGAGUAUUCAGUACAGGUAUCCCUCCUUUAACGUUCAAGCACUUAGCGAUAUAAAAAUUUUAACACCCGUUCUUGUCUAACGAUUGGUCAAAAUUCAGUUUAGCGAUGUUCGACCCACUGGGAGGGAAGUCAGAAAACUGGAAUUACUGUGUUCCAAGUGUGCAUCAUUACGAUACAGUACUCUAAUGUGGCUUAUAAAUAAAGGAAAUAUAUAAAACUAUAAAAUGAGAAAAAUGAAGAGCAUAUGGGUGUGUAUGUGUGGGAGGUGAAUGUAUGUAUUGAGGCAGUGAGCUGAAAUUGCGACCAGCCACACUCUCAUUCCCCUCCAUGUGACGUCACAGCAUAUGUACUGUAUUUGGAAAAUUCCGGAAAAUUCUAGGGAUGGGGUUGGUUUUUAUCUGGGUUUGAGAGAUGAAAAUCAGGCGCAUUUUCCAGUACCGUACUCGGAAAAUUCAGGGGAUGGGGGAUAUUUUACCGGGUUCAAGAGAUGAUGUAAAGUGCAAUUUCUGGAACUUGCGAGAAUAUUUUUCCUUUACCUGGAAUCACAUUGUAUUUUAACCCUUAAAUCCCGGGUGAUGUUCCUCUAUGUUCACUAAGGCGACCCUGAGUGACAUUCCUCAAUGUUCUUAAUGUUCGUGGCAUACUUUGAGUGUCCAGGCGGGACGAAAUACUUUGUAAGGGAUUUAUUUACUUGGCAACUCAACUUGCAUGUAAUCUUUGUCUCAAGUCUAGUGGUCCAGUUACCUACCAGCUAUCAUGAUGGAUGCACGUCCUUUGAUGUCUCAUGACUUGCCUCGCCCCUCGACAGUUAUUCAUCAAGAGUUGCUUGAUUAGAGUGGCAUUGAUAUAGCAUUGGGUGACGAAGAAAGUGAUGAGGAGGAAACAGACCCAGAUGAUGUAGAGUUUGUUGAGGCAGCUAGCGGUGAGGAUAUUGAUACAGACAAUGCGCUCACUCCCUCCUCCCACCUCGCCAGUUUGCUUGGAGUGACUGCACUAAUUUUAUGCCUGAAAUACCAGUUUUCAACUGUGAAUUUAAAAAAAUGUUUUUUUGCCAAAAUAGGCCCACGUAAGGGGUGUGGCGGCGGGUCUUACAUUACCUGGGGCAUAAAAGUUAACUGACAAAAAAUAGUAUAUUGUGCCUCUGAAUGUGUUUUUAUUAUUUUUGGAUUCAAAAGUAAAUAUGCAGUGUAUUUGAGCAGAAUGAUGGUGCUAAUUAUUUAUAAUUUGUCUUUAUUUUUUGCAUAGUAAUUAAUAUUUCUACUGUACUUAAAAGUGUACUCUGCUUGAGAGUACUUGUGGGGUGUAGGUUGAUUUGGUGAAUGCCUAAGUCAUGAAAUUAUAGGCAAUAAUGAAUAGAAAAUUUUUCCUCUGGAUUAUGGGGAUAAUUUAUUUUCAAUUUUUUCAUGCCUUAGUCUUUUAUAAAAAUUUUAGUUCUUUACAGCUGAAUUAUGCAUUAGAUUUUAAAGUACAGUAAAGUGAUGAACUCCUUGAAAUAGACAAUUACAGUAUACCAGGGGAAGAUCCAUGGGGGUCCGGACCCCCCCCCCCCACCCCUUUUCGUCAUAAAAUUAAAAUACUUUUUUUGAUACAAUACAGUACUGUACUGUAUUGUAUUCAAGCAUUUUUGUAUUGUAAAAAGUAAUUACUACUGACUUCAGAAUAUAUCCUAAUAUCAAGUGCACUUGAUUUCAAAAUGGCCUCACAAUACA